CAGGCGCUCCUAGGUCUUCCGGCCUACUGUGGGAGACGGUCCGGAACGUUCAGGACUCUGGAGCUCUGCCUUCAGAAAUUUCUACAGUUUUCCAAGAGAGACCAGCAAAAUAUGAACAAAUCCUAUGGAUCCUUCUCAUUUGAGGAUGUGACUGUGGGCUUUACCCAGGAGGAGUGGCAGCAUCUGGGCCCUGCUCAGAGGAUCCUGUACAGGGAUGUGAUGCUGGAGAACUACAGCCACCUUGUCUCAGUGGGGUGUUGCAUCCCUAAACCAGAAGUGAUCUUGAAGUUGGAGCAAGGAGAGCAGCCAUGGAUACUAGAGGAAGAGUCCCCAAGCCAGAGCUACCCAGGAUUGCCCACAGAUAUGCUUUCCUGCCAUACAAGUCCACAUUUCAUUCCUAACAUACUUGGGGAUUCUUGUGAAUUAAUACAUGAAAAGUACAUGGAGCAGUGCUUGGCGUAUGAAGUCUGCAAAGUUGAUAACCAACUAGAAAAGAAUCAAGAAACCCAGGACAGACAUUUUUGUCAAGCCCCGUUUAUCAACAACAAAACACUGACUAUGCACAGAGGUAAUGUAUUAGGAAGCAUUUUUAAUUUCAGCACAGACACAGUUCCUUCCAUAAAAAUACCCUGUAGGUGUGACUCGUGUGAUAUGAAUUUGAAAUGUAUUUCAGAAUUAAUUAUUAAUAAGAAAAACUCUUUAAGUAAGAAGCCUGUUAACCUCAAUACAUAUGGGAAAUUGUUCCUUCAUAUUAACCAUGAACAAACUCAAAUGGGAGAGAAACCUUGUGAAUUCAUUCAAAAUGGAAAAUACCUCAGUCAUAAUGAAGAUUUCAUCCCAUAUCAGAGAAUUAAAAAUAUAGAGCAAUCCUUUAUUCAAAGCGAUAAGGAAUACAAGGAAUGUUGGCAAGCUUUCCAUGAGAAGGCAGUUGUCAUUCCAUAUAACCAAGCUCACAUAGACCAGAGUCCUUGUGAACAUAAUGAAUCUGAUAAAACUUUCUGUAAUGAUUCAGCCCUCAUGGUCCGUAAGAUGGCACAAAGAACAGAAAAUCCUUGUGAGUUUCAUGAAUAUGCUAAAACUUUUGAGAAGUCAUCUCUCUUGGAACACAGAGUUCAUGUAGAGGUGAAAGGUUAUGAGUAUAUUGAAAGAGUGGAUAAUUUCAAUGGGAGAUCAGACUUCCCUGACACAGGAGAGAGAAUAUUUGAAUAUAACAACUUGGGAGAACCCUUCUGGGAGAAGUCAGUUCUGAAUGUAACUCAGAGAACACACAUAGGAGACAAGGUCUGUGAAUGUAAUGAAUGUGCAAAAACAUUCUGCAAAAAGUCAAAACUCACCAAACAUCAGAAAAUACAUACAAGAGAGAAACCCUAUGAAUGUAAGGAAUGUGGGAAAUGCUUCUCUCGGAAAUCUCUCCUCACUUUACAUCAGCGAAUCCACACAGGAGAGAAACCAUACAAAUGUAAGGAGUGUGGGAAAUGCUUCUCUAGAAGUUCACACCUCAUAAUUCAUCAGAGAACUCACACAGGAGAGAAACCCUAUGAAUGUAAGGAAUGUAGAAAAAGCUUCUACCAUAAGUCAUAUCUCACAGUACACCAGAGAAUUCACACAGGGGAGAAGCCCUAUGAAUGUAAUCAGUGUGGAAAAACCUUCAUAAGCAACUCAGUCCUCACAAUACAUCAGAAAACACACACAGGUGAGAAACCCUAUGAGUGUAAUCAAUGUGGAAAAUUCUUCUCUAGAAACUCCUACCUUACAGUACAUCUGAGAACUCACACAGGGGAGAAACCCUAUGAAUGUGAGAUAUGUGGAAAAACUUUUUGUCACAAGUCAGAUGUCACUAAACAUGAGAAAACUCACAUAGGGGGAAAACCCUAUGGAUGUAAUCAGUGCGGAAAAACCUUUAGUCGCAACUCAGGUCUAAAAGUACAUCAGAGAACUCACACAAAGGAGAAGCCAUAUGAAUGUAGUGAGUGUGGGAAAUCCUUUUCUGAGAAAUCAGUCCUCACAGUACAUCAGAGGAUACACACAGGGGAAAAACCUUAUAAGUGUAAUGAAUGUGGAAAAACCUUCUACAAUAAAUCAGACCUCACUAAACACCACAGAACUCACACAGGUGAAAAACCUUAUGAAUGUAAGGAAUGUGGGAAAUUCUUCUCUAGGAAUUCAUACCUUACAGUACACCAGCGAACUCAUACAGGAGAGAAGCCCUAUGUGUGUAAAAAAUGUGGGAAGACUUUUUGCCAUAAGUCAGAUUAUACAAUACAUAAACGAACACACAGAGGGGAAAAAUCGUAUCACUGUAAUCAGUGUGGGAAGACCUUUACUUGCAGUUCAGUCCUCAGAUCACAUCAGAGAACUCACACAGGUGAGAAGCCCUAUGAAUGUAAUGAGUGUGGGAAGUCAUUUUCUGAGAAAUCCAUUCUCACCGUACAUCAGAGAAUACACACAGGGGAGAAACCUUAUGAGUGUAACGAAUGUGGGAAGUCCUUCUAUCAUAAGUCAGAUCUCACUAAGCAUCAGAGAACACACACAGGAGAGAAACCCUAUAAAUGUAAUCAUUGUGGGAAAACCUUCAGUUGUAACUCAGGCCUCAAAGUACAUCAGAGAAGACACAUAAGAGAGAAGCCCUAUGAAUGUAUUGAGAGUGAGAAAACCUCCAAGAAAACAGUUAUCACAGUACAUCCAAGGUUACACACAGGGGAAGAAAAUUUCUAAACACAGCAGUGAGAGAAAUCUUUCUCUUGUGAUUCAUACCUCAAAAUACCACAGAAAAUUCACAAAAGACCUGACCCCUAUGAAUGUAAAGAAUGGCAAAUCUUUUACCGUAAGUCAUCUUCCAAAGUAAAGAAGAGAAUAUUUAUAGUGGCAAAUACUCUGAAUUUGGUGAAUGUUUAAAAAUCUGUUGUAAGUAAGACAACUAAAAGUGACUGUUUGUAGAAGAAACCCUAUUAAUGCGUGUAGGAAAUAUGGGGAAUUAUUUUUAUUAUGAAGUAGAGCUUAUUAAACAAAGAACUUACAUAGGAGAUAAUCCUGUCAAUCAAACAAAUGAGUGAAAAUGUUCUUCCAGAAUUUGGCCAGAAAUAACAAUCAGACCACCCUUGGGAAAAAGUGUCAACAUCUUGUAUUUUUUUGAGACCUUCAUAACACAAGUUGUAUUCAAUGUAUGUCAGGGAAAUAAUAGGGAAAAUACCCAAAGAAUGCAGCAAAUGUGGUUGAGCCUUUAUCAAGAAAUGCCAUUUUGUUGAGCAAGACAAUUGAUAUUGGAGGAAGUCAUAAAGAUGUUUUGAAUGCAGACUGUAACAAAAUUCAGACUUUAUUAUAUCUGAAGAUUGUAUUGAAGGAAGAAUGUCUCUAGGUAAUAUAGACAGAAAUUUUCCUUUAGAUAUAUUAUUCUUAAAGUUAUGUUUUUCUCUGAUCUCAAAUUUUUUAAUAGAAACAAAGCUGAAAAUAGACAUUUUUAAAAACAUUAACUGGAAUGCAAAGCUUUUUGAAAAGAACAAAUAAACUGAAUAAUCUUUUCAGACUCUGAUUUCACUUCGGGAGAAACACAUGACACCCCAUGGCCCUCCCUAGCAUGAGCCAUCAUAGGUUUUUGAUUAGUCUGUCCCCAGACUAUGCUGUUACCUCUGCGAAUAAUGCUUGAUGGUCUGGUUCAUCCUGGGGUCUAGUUCUCCCCAUGGACUAGAUUCAUACCAGAAUGUACACUGCCACCAGCCAGGGACAGUCUGGAGGACGUAUCUGCUUCCUCUUUGUAGGUUCAGGAACCAGAAGAAACAUUGAGUGUGUUAAUGAAAGUAGAGUACUGUAGGGCAUAUGACCUUUGUGUCCCAAUUGAAAUUUCCAGGAAGCUCAUCAUAGCUCAGCUUUCUUGAAUUCAGGCCUGUUGACCCAGUGAUAGCCCACCUUUCCAGGGGGUGUGUCCAGUUAUGAGGAAUAUCAUAACCAUUGCUGUGUCUGCUGCAGGUUGGAAGUAAUGUACAAGAAUAGUUGAAGUAUCUGCAUACCAUCCUCAAAUCCAUUCCAUAUCCUGUAACUUCUACCACCUUCAGCACUUUUCUAAAUUUGGUUAAUAUUGAUCUCACAUCUCAUUACUUUUACAGUAAUA